CUGAUAGUAAGUUCAUCAGUCAUUUCUCGAAAGCGGCUAAGCAUGAAUAUGGAUAAGUUAUUCCUUUCGCUGUUGUUGUUAAGCUGUUUAUAUGCAUCCUCGAAUGGAGACGCCUCCGAAUUGCCUGCUGGCAUUCAGAAAUGCUCGAUAAAUGAUGAAAAUUGCCUCAAGGAUAGCAUGAAUUAUGUGAUAAAGAAUUAUGCCAAGACUGGCAUUAAGGAGCUAGGCUUAGUUCAAUUGGAUCCACUGCUUUUGAAAAAGUUCAGCCUGCCAAAGAAACCGAACAGUCCUGUUAGCAUAGAUUUGACCUUCCGCAAUGCUUCUAUGAUUGGAUUCGCUGAAGCGCAGGUCAAGAAAGCGUCCUUCUUAACAUCUAAUCUUAGUCGAACCAUGGUUUUUGACUUCGUCGUUCCGAAAAUUAUACUCAAAGGUCCUUAUAGCAUAAACGGCCAAGUGUUGAUUUUGCCCAUUGUGGGAAAGGGCAACGCAGAGAUUGUGCUGAAAAAUUGUCGAUCGCAUUUCAUUGUGAAAUUGGAGGCUGUGUCCAAGGGUCCGGGUCUGACUUAUGUGAAUGUGGUCGAUCUUAGAAUGGAUUUGGAGCCAUCGCAUGUUACUUAUAAACUUGGAGGUCUUUUCGGUGGCCAGAAGGAUUUGAGCGAGAAUUUGCACAUACUGAUCAACGAAAACUGGCGGGAGAUUUUCAAUGAACUUAAAGAUGAUAUUUCCGUUGCGAUGGGUCUGAUCUUCAAGUUGAUGCUAAGCAAGACCAUGAGCAUGCUGCCGCUUGAGCAGCUCUUUUCUGACGGCAAUGUGCUUAACUUAAGUUAAGUAAUAUUUAUUUCUUAUUUCUGCAACGAAAUGAAUGAUUAAUAUCACUAUUAAAACUGA